AUGGCGUCCACCUUUCUUAACUGCAUCAAGCGCUGCUUGCUCUCUCACCACCGCGACAACCAGCGUCUCCACCAGGAGGCUCCGGAGCGGACCGCGCCUCGAGAGGAAGAGCUGUGUGACCCACAGCCAGGACGCCCAAGCCUCUUCCAGCAGAGCGGCGACGCCUCAGCUGAAGGUUCCACCGCCAGCAACAGAUGUGAAACUCAUCCCUUCCCUCCGGGGUCCAACAAAAGAGCCAAACCCCCAGAAACCGCGCUGUGUUUUCACCCGGCCCAGCUCGAAUAG